AUGAGAAUCCACACGGGCGAAAAGCCGUUUUUCUGCCAAAUCUGCGGAAAGCGAUGCCGUCAGCAGAGCGACCUGGGGCGCCACAUGAUGGCUCACACGGGCGAGAGGCCCUUCCCAUGUCACCUGUGUGAGAGGAGUUUCAUCCAGAGGGGGGAUUUGCUGCGCCACAUGAAGGUGCACACGGACGAGAGGCAGUUCCCCUGCAGGCUCUGCACCAAAACCUUCAGCGAGGACGGCCAGCUGAGCCGGCACAUGAGGAACCACAGCAGGAAAAAGCCCUACUCGUGCAAAGUCUGCAAGAAGAGGUUCAUCAAGAAGACUCACCUGACGGCUCACGCCAGGACGCACACGGGCGAGAAACCCUUUCUGUGCGACACCUGUGGGAGGGGUUUCAUCAACCGCAACAAUCUGACGUGCCACAAGAAAGUCCACACGGGCGAGAACAGAGGACACACCCUGGACUUGGUCAUAACCUACGGCCUGUCUGCUGGGUUCUACGGGGGGAACUGGACGUUCAGCCGCAACGAACACCUGUGGAGCCACAUGAUGCUGCACAAGGGGGAGGAGACUCUGUGCAACCGGUAA